AACUUCUUUGGUAGCCCCCACACCCAGUGCAGAUGGUUUAUUGUGUAUGUUAAAGUGCACUGGUUUCAACUUCUUUGAUCUCCCACCCCCCAUCCAUCCACUAUCCCUUGGGCAUGCUACAUAUAGUACAAUGAAGUAACCCUUCUACAGUUAGCAAACAGUCUAUGCUACAUAACUUCUGUUUUAGCCAUCUCCUACAAGUGAACUGAAAUGAAAGCAGUAAGUUUUCUGUUGCUGAGUGUUGCCUGGUCUCUGGGUGAGGUUCAGUCUCAGGUCUUUCCUUACAUCUCAUUCAUGGGCCAGACUCUGGCCAACAAUUCCUACGUUGAUCUGAAGUUUGUGGGAAACGAUUCGAAUGGAUUCAACAACCUUCAAUGCCGCACCGAUCUAGCUACUUGCUGCAGUAAUAGUCAGGGUAGUCACCGUGGAGACUGGUAUUACCCAAACGGCAGUCGACUGCAAUUCCAAGGUGGGUUUUUUGAAGGACGUAAAGACCAGGUUGUGUUACUGAAAAAGGAAAAUGGUAAUGAAAUGCCCUCUGGCAUAUACCGAUGUGACAUUCCAUCUGUCGCCUCCCACAAUGUUAAUAAUGAUGAGAGGGAGCCAGUCUAUGCCGGAUUAUACUCAAGUGGAGGGGGUCUUAGUGUUGUUGGUGACGUGGACUACAGCUAUACUGAAGGUCCCUAUCAGGUCAAUCUCACCACCAAAACAGUAGGCGGACCUCCAACUAUUGUCUUCUGGACAAAAAACUGUGCCAGAGCUGUGGGAGAUACCACAGCUUUUCUGAGUAAUACUGAGAAAAGUGAAUUUACGCACAUACUGACUAUUUAUCCCGCGGAAACCAAAGGUUCUUUUUUCAUAUUUACUGCAUCUAAUAAUAAACCAUCAGGAGAUUCAGUCAUAUUCCCAGAAACUACUAAGAAUGUUUCGGUUCCAUAUGUCAUGAUCCACGCAGUGAAUGCCACAAGUGUUCGGCUAAAAUGGGCUGGUAGACGAUUCUUUUCCACCUCAGUGAAAUAUACCAGCAUAUUCUCCAACACCGGCUUAGCCAUUAGCCAUUACAAAGCAGUUCUACCGCCAUAUGUAGACGCUACUGACAUCUCUCUUGAUGACUACCAUCCUGGCUAUGAGCACCAUUUUACUCUGAGUUAUGUCAUCUGUAAUGUUGUUCCAGCCUACCAUCAAGCAACAGCAACAUUUGCUUUCGACACGAAACACUUUCAAGUACAGUUUGGAACAAUGGAGCACUGCCUAAACUGGGGAGUAGAGAAGAAAGACCGCAUUGAGGAUGAAAUCCAAACCCACUUGGUUCGUAUUAUACGUCAAAACUGCACCAUGUGCUAUGAUUUGACUACUGCCUUUCUGAGAAAAGGAUCAUUCCUUUGCCAGAGAAAUCCUACUCAUUUCACCUACCGCUCCACCCUUGUUAACCCUUUCCCAACAACAAACUCCAGUGAACUGCUGGGCAUUAUUCAGAGCUGGGUAUCUCCAGGUCCUUCACUGGUACUUGAUGGUCUGUCAGUAAGGGUCAACCGACACUGUCCUACACGUAUAGAGAGCCUGGAGGACGGAGAAUGUGAGAAUGAAGCUAUGUCUGAUCCACACAUGGUUGAACUGAUGACUCGAGUGCUCAGUGUGUGCACAGUGAGGGAAAUUGGGCACCAACUAUGCACUGGUAGUUGAUAGAGGACAAUGACAGGCACAUCAAAACUAAAAGUUUAGUGUAGUGUAUAGUGUGCAGAGUUUAGUGUUGUGUAUAAUGUGCAAGUCAACUAGCCAUGUAGGUGAAGAAUGUCAUGCAAUUCAGCUA